CAUCUGAAAACUUUGAAUUUGAUAAGGGAAAACAAUGUCCAUGUACAGCCAUUACUGCAUGUUCGUAUAAUUGUGGAGGAGAGAGAAAGAGGCUGCUGCUCAAUGGUGAUUAACUGUUUCCAACCUCUUUGGAAGAACCCAACCUUUCUGGGCUUCUCUUCUUCUCCUUCACCUUCUUCUUUUCUUCACAAUGUUCAGACAAAGCAUUGCAGAGAAACCACAAAUUGCAAGUGUUGGAGAGAGAGAAGGUAUUGUGGGAAGAGAGGGGGAAUAGUCUGUGGGGGGUUCUUGCCUGUUGACCCAUGGGCACCCAACAUUGAUUCACAGAGCAUAGCUUCACAGCUCUUUGCUUUCUCUCUCUUCCCUUACAUUGGUUUCUUGUACUUCAUCACCAAAUCCAAGUCUGCUCCAAAGCUCACUCUCUUUGGAUUCUACUUCUUGCUUGCCUUUGUUGGCGCUACCAUCCCAGCUGGAAUAUACGCAAAGGUGCGUUAUGGGACAUCAUUAUCUAAUGUGGACUGGUUGCACGGUGGGGCGGAGUCGCUGCUAACUAUCACCAACUUAUUCAUUGUGAUGGGUCUAAGGGAAGCUCUUAGGAAAACCCGGGAUGCAAAACCAACCACCUCUAGCAUGGUUUCAACUGUCGAAGAAGAUAAGAAUUCUUCCAUAUAGGCUUGACAUCCCUUUUGGGAUUUUUUAUUUUGUGGUCUUGAUGGUCUUUCAUCUUUGUCAUAUGAUACCUUAUUUACUGCUAAGAAUUCCCAAUUGAUUAUUGAUGUACUAUUUUGUUGAAGAAGUUGAACUUGUUUAUGGAACAUAAGAUUUUAUUA